GUUGUGUUCAGCUCUCACACAAUGGAUUCUCAAUUCUUUCUCGGGCAACUCCCAGCCGAACUCCUUCUAAUAUGGCACAUUCACCGAGUUCCCGUCAUUCUCUCCGCUGUGUCGUUAGUCGCCAUCGUCCGCUUUGCCAUGUACCUUCAUGGACGACGAGGAAAGAUCUCAGUGUCACCAACCCCUAGAUCACCAACUGAGAAGGCUGUUGUUGAGCUGAAGUCCGAAUGGCUCCCGGAGAAUACCUUGCUUGAUCCGUUGGCAAUCAACAAGGACAGUCAUCCGGAGGAAGCGACAAGUGCAAUUGUAUCUACUGUAAAGGCUAAGAAGGGUCCAAAGAAAGUCAAAGGCAAGAAAUUGCCAAACAAGCUGGCCAAAGCAACCUCAACCUUCAACCACAAGACCGACAAGAUCCAGCCUCUAAUCUUCUUUCAAUCCCUUGCUGGGACUUCUGAGAGGUACACCUCCCAAACAGCCAAGGCUAUCGGUUCCUGGAUAUCUAGCCUCGUGGACUGUGAUGACUCCGCGCCAAUUCUCGAACCUCAAGUUCAUGACGUGUCAUAUAUCGAAUAUGACGACUAUUUCGUCAGUGCACCGAAAACAGAGCCAAACACUCGACACUUCUACCUUAUCCUCAUACCGACCUACAACAUUGAUACUGUGCUCAGUACAUUCCUCCAGAACCUCCAAGAGACUCACAACGACUUUCGAAUUGAUACUGCGCCAUUGGCUGAGCUGUUGGGGUACUCAGUGUUUGGGUUUGGCGACAAAGAGGGGUGGCCGACAGAGGAAGAAGGCUUCUGUAGCCAAGCCAAGGAGGUUGAUAAAUGGAUGGCAAGGCUGACCGGGAGGAAGAGAGCAUGGCCUCUUGGUAUGGGUGAUGUUACAGGAGACGUUGAAGCACGGCUUGGAGAAUGGAUCCAUGGUAUCCAGGAAGCACUAGUAGAUAUUGCUCAAGGCAGAGGGUUGGGGGAGGGCGUUCCUGGAAGUGGCAAUCCAGCGGAAAGCGGCGACGAAGAUAACGACAUCUUGGGUGACAGCGACGUCGAGAAAUUUCAAACUCGCCGCAUCAAAGCAAAGAUGUCUGCCCGGCUCGAUGACGUCGAAGACCUCGGCUCAGUGGUCAACAUUUCCACCUCCACACCCGACGUCCCUAUACCUAUCGACUUUACAACCUACAAACCCAAACCCACGCCUAACCCAGUCCAAGCCCCCAAAGAAAUGGUCCCCAUCACUUCCCCUACCUACAACGCCCUCACAAAACAAGGCUACACGAUAAUCGGCUCUCAUUCCGGUGUGAAAAUCUGUCGAUGGACAAAAUCGGCACUGCGCGGACGGGGCUCUUGCUACAAAUAUUCCUUCUAUGGGAUCCAAUCGCACCUAUGCAUGGAAGCCACGCCAUCCCUCUCCUGUUCCAACAAAUGUGUCUUCUGCUGGCGCCACGGCACAAACCCUGUCGGUACAACAUGGCGCUGGAUCACCGACUCCCCAGAUGUGAUCUUCACCGGUAUCACCGCUGCCCACUACCAGAAAAUCCGGAUGCUGAAAGGCGUGCCCGGGGUACGCGCUGAGCGCUUCGCCGAAGCGAUGUGCAUCCGACAUUGCGCCCUCUCUCUCGUUGGCGAACCCAUCUUCUACCCACACAUCAACGAUCUGAUAACUAUCCUGCAUUCCCACCACAUCUCCACCUUCCUCGUCUGUAACGCCCAACACCCCGCCCAACUCGCAGCUCUGGUACCUGUGACCCAACUAUACGUCUCCAUCGACGCAAGCAACAAAGCCUCCCUCCGCGCCAUCGAUCGGCCCCUCCACCGCGACUUCUGGGAACGGUUUUGUGCUUGUCUAGAUAUUCUCCGCGUCCGGAGAUUUGAGCAACGUACUGUAUUUCGGCUCACCCUCGUCAAGGGAUUCAACAUGGCGGAUGAGGUGAAGGGCUAUGCAGAUCUUAUCCAGCGCGCAUUGCCUGGGUUUGUAGAAGUCAAGGGGGUCACAUAUUGUGGGACCAGCGCUGCUGGAUCUGUGGGGCUGACGAUGCAAAAUGUGCCGUUUUACUCUGAGGUGUCUGAAUUCGUGGCCGCUCUCGUUGAAGAAUUAGUCUCCCGGGACCUUGGAUAUGGUAUUGCAGCCGAGCACGCGCAUUCUUGUUGUGUACUCUUGGCAGACGAAAGCAGGUUUAAACGACAGGGGCGGUGGGCGACGCGUAUUGAUUUCGAACGGUUUUUUGAGUUAUAUGAGGGGAGAGUGCGGGGGACGAGGAUGGAGGACGGAGAGGUGGUGGGUUGGAGACCAGAGGAUUAUGUUGGUGAGGAGACGCCUGAUUGGGCGCUUUGGGGGAAUGGUGGGUUUGACCCAAGGGAUGUUAGGGUUUGGAGGAAAGGGAAGGGGCCGAAGAAGGAGAAGGAGAUGGAGAUGUAG